GCGCGUGCGCGCGCCCCCGGCAAGACUGCAAACUACUUGUUCUCAAAGAUGGCUGAUGCGGUUCAUUACAUCCACCUGCAGAACUUCAGCAAGAGUCUCCUGGAGACCCUGAACGCCCAGCGUCUGGGUGGGCAUUUCUGUGACGUCACCGUGCACAUCCACGAUGCGACUCUACGAGCCCAUCGCUGUGUGUUGGCAGCAGGGAGCCCCUUCUUCCAUGACAAGCUUCUCCUGGGUUACUCAGAGAUCGAGGUUCCGCCAGUGGUACCAACUCAGGUGGUUCAGCAGUUGGUGGAGUUCAUGUACAGCGGGUCGCUGGUUGUAGCCCAGUCUGAGGCUCUACAGAUCUUGACGGCGGCCAGUAUCCUUCAGAUUAAAACUGUCAUUGACGAAUGCACACAGAUCAUAUCGCAGAGUCGGGCAAACAAGCCCGUGACUAUUGCUACAGCCAUGGCGCCAUGUGGGCCUCAGAGCCGCUCUUCCAUGAACAAGAGCCAAGAGCAGCCCACCAAAGAUCCGGAAUGCUCAGCAGCUUUGGGCAUAAGGGACUCAACUUGCUCUUUGCCAUCUUCUUUACGAUCCAACGACAUGGAGAUCAUGUCCCAGAUAGGGACGGUUAGCGAAGCGCCAAAGUUACUUUGCGCCUCGGAAGUGCGCUACAAGCUGAGAGAUAUGCUGUCGGCGCAGCAGCGCCAGCUUUCGGAAGUCAGGGAGAUAACCGUGCCGGAGGUUGAGCACGUCCCGGACAACGAUGGAAUGUCGACAGCUUACUUGACGCAAGCGGAGGCACCACAGAGCUGCCACAGCCGAAAACAGCGGCAGCCGGUGCGUCUGCAGAUCUCAGACUCUGUCCCCGUGAUCAUUAAGGACGAAGAGGAGGAAGAAGAGGAAGAAGAUGAUGGGAACGGAAAAGAUGAUAACGAGGAUGAAAAGGGAGCUGUGUUCACAGAGUGUAGCGGAGGAUUCACCAGCUGCAGCGAAAACGAGAAAGUCAGAAGUCCGGACGAUAAAGUCCGUAACGCCGGCAAUGGGCGGAAAGACUCCACGACCGGCCAGAUGGAAUUUCCUGCUGAGGGGCAGGACUUCUUUGCCAACCAGGAUGUUUUUUCGGAAACCUUUAUCCCUCCUUGGCAAAGCGAGGAGAACCUGCCAGAAGGCAAUAGGGAAACUUCCAUAGACAAUGGUGACAAGUUCAGGCCGGACUGUAGCUUGGAGAGCUCCAGCCUUAGGAACCUGGCUGUGGUGGCCGGCUCUGACUUCAAGCCCAACCCCCCCUUUAAUGCCAGAGUCGGGGAAACAAGGGGACUCCCGUUUGUGGCAUCAGUCCUUAAUCGAGAUCUCAAGAACUCUGUCUCGGCUGCUGUGGCCACAGGUUCUUCCAGCAUCUUCCAGUUCCACCUGACGCACCCGACCCAAAACCAGUCUGGAGUCACGCAGAGCUUUUUCAGUGUUCAGCAAGACGGCUCCAGCAACGUUGUCCAAAUGAAUUCGAAUAUAGUCCCUGGAAACCUGCAGAACGACCAGACCCAGCGUCCAGGACCUUCACGGAACCCCGAACCGUCCUACGUCUGCAGUCACUGUCAGAAAACCUUCAGUUCUCGGAAGAACUACACCAAACACAUGUUCAUCCAUUCUGGAGAGAAGCCACACCAGUGCAGCAUCUGCUGGCGCUCCUUCUCGUUAAGGGAUUAUCUCCUCAAACACAUGGUGACCCACACUGGCGUCCGAGCUUUCCAGUGUUCCAUCUGCUGCAAACGCUUCACCCAGAAGAGCUCGCUCAACGUCCACAUGCGCACCCAUCGCCCCGAACGCUUCCAAUGUUGCUUCUGCAAUAAGUACUUUUCCCAUCGCACCCUCCUGGAGAGACACAUUGCCACACAUACCGCCUGAUAUGCCAACCCUCUCGGCAACUGACAGCCGCCACAUUAUGCCAGCCGCUUCUUGGCCUGG